AUGCUGGUGACCAUGCUGUUGGCUCCUGUUUGUGUGCUACUGAUGUUGGGGGGGCGUGCUCUUGCUGGAGGCUAUCCCCCCAUACCCCACAUGAAGUACAUGCAGCCCAUGAUGAAAGGGCCCAUUGGACCCCCGUUUCGGGAGGGCAAGGGGCAUUACGUUGAUAUGCCACCCAUGAUGGAAGUGAAGGGGGAACCAGGCCCUCAAGGAAAACCUGGACCAAGAGGCCCAACUGGGCAAGCAGGACUUCCAGGAAAACCCGGACUGGGGAAGCCAGGCCUCAAUGGCCAGUCUGGCCCUCAGGGGCCUCCUGGCUUUCCAGGAAUUGGUAAGCCUGGACUUCCAGGUCUUCCAGGAAAGAUUGGGCCAAUUGGAAUGGCUGGCCUUACUGGUGAGGUUGGCCCUCGUGGCGAACCAGGUUCUAGAGGUCUUCCAGGGCAACCUGGCCUUCCUGGCCCAGCUGGUCUCUCUCUGAAUGGGAAACCUGGGCUUCCAGGCAUCAGAGGCCCCUAUGGGGCACGGGGAGAACCAGGACUUAAGGGUAUUUCUGGCCAACCCGGAGAGCGUGGGCUUAAGGGCGAGAAUGGAAAUGGUAAGACAGGGGUUCCAGGUAUAAGGGGUCCUCCCGGGCUAAAGGGCAGUACAGGAUCGCCUGGUCUUCCAGGUAUAGGCAAACCAGGCCUAAAAGGUUUGCCUGGACUGCCUGGUCUUAAAGGUGAUCAUGGACUCCCAGGGGAUCGUGGGGAACCAGGAGAGGUUGGCACUGCAGGUUCACAAGGUCUUCCAGGGCCAGUCGGGGUUGGGAAGCCUGGGUCAGAUGGACUACCAGGAGCACCAGGUCCACUAGGGCCAAAAGGAGAGUCAGGAACUAGGGGUCCUCCUGGAUUUCCUGGGACUCCUGGCUAUGGAAAACCUGGUCUGAGUGGGAUAAAAGGAGAAAAAGGCCAUGGUGGCCUGCCUGGUUUCCCAGGAGACAAAGGACUGCAAGGAAUGGUGGGCCAAGUUGGGGAGCCAGGUCUUGAUGGACAACCAGGGCCAGCAGGACUUCAAGGCCCAAUGGGACUUCCAGGAAAACAUGGAAUGCCAGGACAGAAGGGAGAGUUGGGACCCCAGGGCCCUCCUGGACUGCCUGGCCUCAGAGGUGACCAAGGCUCCAGUGGACCCAAUGGGAAACCUGGCAUGUCUGGGGAAAAAGGCAUCCCUGGGCUCAAUGGUGCACCUGGAAAACCUGGACCCAAGGGUGAAGCAGGGCAUAUUGGCCUACCUGGGAAUCCAGGGUUUAUGGGUGGUCCAGGGCCUAAAGGUGAGAAUGGGUUUAUUGGGACUCCUGGUCCCAGGGGCCAGUCAGGCAUUCCUGGUCUUCAGGGGCCGAUGGGUCCCAUGGGGCCACAGGGUGCUCCUGGCACAAGGGGUGAACCUGGACUUCCAGGGCCUCAAGGCCUUGGUAAGGUGGGAGAGAAGGGAACUAUAGGUCCACAAGGUCCUCCAGGGAAACCAGGCCCCUCUGGGCUCAAUGGUAACCUUGGCCCUCCUGGGCCUCCAGGGGCCCCUGGUCCUCCAGGAAAUGGCCAAACAGUUGUUGCAGGGCCAACAGAUUCACAGUUGGAAGGGGAUGAAGUACCAGGGGACAGGAAGGGGGGUGUGUACAGUCAAGUUCCACUUUCUGCCACUGUAGCACCAGCGUUCACAGCCAUCCUCACCACACCUUUUCCUCCAUCUGGCAUGCCAAUCAAAUUUGACAGGACCCUUUACAAUGGGCAAAAUGCCUACAGCCCUGCUACUGGCAUGUUCACUGCUCCUUUGUCUGGCGUCUACUACUUUGCAUACCAUAUGCAUGUAAAGGGAACAAGCCUGUGGGUGGCACUGUACAAGAACAAUGUACCAGCCACUUACACGUAUGAUGAGUACAAGAAAGGCUACAUGGACCAGGCGUCUGGUAGUGCUGUCCUCGAGCUGAAGGAGAGUGACCAGGUAUGGAUCCAGAUGCCCUCGGAUCAGGCAAACGGCCUCUAUUCUACCGAAUACAUCCACUCCUCCUUUUCAGGAUUCCUCCUCUGUCCCACAUAA